AUGACGGCCGAAGAAGCACUCCAAGAGGACGGAACGAUCAGGGCCUUGGAAGAAGGGCUCAAGACCAUCAUCUUCACCGUUGACAAAAUUGUCAGUCUGAACUAUGGCAUUGACUUUUACGUCGAUCAAGUGGAGACGGAGACAAUCGACCCUUCGGCAAGCCCUACCACGGCCGGAGUCGACAACCAGAGCUUCAACUUCGCGGUGAGCUGGCGUUCCUAUCAACGGACCCGUACCGUCUUCCAGUAUACAUUCGUAUGCGGGGGCGCUGUGUUAGCCAUGGCAAAUGUCCUCUACAUCAUUGCACGAAAAGAGAGGUGGACCAAAGGUGCCGUUCUUCGUGUCAUCUUCAACUUCCUCGUCGCCCUAGGGUUGGGUCUCGUGGUCUGCGUGUCUCAGAACACCAUGCGCUUCUUUUAUUGCCACACUAGCACCUGGAUCCUGCCGACCUUUGUUUUCGCAUACCUCCUCGUUUUCAUCGAAGGGAAAAAGGCAGAUCAUGCCCUUGAAACGGCGCAGCAAAGAUAA